AUGCACUUGUUGUGUAAUAGGGGAUAUACACGGUUUUUCAAACGGAGACACCUUGAGACGUCAAAUUUUCUCAAGGAUGACUGCUUGAAGAUAAAUUGCACUAUUGCGGUUUUAGUGUCGUCCAUAGAUUCUUCUCAGUUAAACACAAUACAGGUUCCUGAAUCUGAUAUUGGUGAACAUUUUGGGAUGUUGUUAGAGGAUGAGGAAUCAUUUGAUGUUACUUUCUCGGUUGGUGGAGAAAGGUUUCAUGCUCAUAAGCUUGUUUUGGCAGCUCGAUCAACCAUGUUUGAAACUCAAUUUUUUAAUGUGAUGAAGAAGGAUGAUCAGGAGAUAGUUGUUAUUGACAUGGAACCUAAGGUUUUCAAGGCUUUACUUCAUUUUGUUUAUAGAGACACUCUUUUGGAAGAUGAAGAGCUCUUUAUGUUGGAUUCGUCAUUCUUUCCUUCGUUGUCUGAAUCAUUUAUAGCAAAGUUGUUAGCUGCUGGAGAAAAGUAUGGUUUGCCAAGACUAAUGUUAAUGUGUGAAUCUAUACUUUGUAAAGACAUAUCUGUAGAUUCUGUUGCCUAUAUUUUUGCUCUUGCUGAUCGUUAUUGUGCUACCCACUUGAAGUCCAUCUGUCAAAAAUUUUCUGCUGAAAACUUUGAUGCCGUGAUGCAUUCUGAUGGUUUUGAGUAUCUUAAGAAAAAUUGGCCAUUACUGCAAUCAGAACUGCUAAAGACUGGAGUAGGAUGCGAGAAAGAAUUUAGUUGAGAGGGAAAAUACUAAAUUGUAUGUGCUUAAUCAAAGGUCUAGUUUAGAGGAGUGACGACCUAAGAUCCAAGGUUGGAAGAGACCAGAAAAAUAUAAAAGAAGAUUAUAUAUAUAGUUGUGCAGUAAUCUUUUUAUAUAUUAUAUUAUGUUACUUUAUAAAUGAAUUGAAAUUACAUUCUUCUAUAAUGUCUCUAUUUUAUAUGUCUAAAUUAAA